AUGAUUGAAUCAGAAACUACUUAUAAGGUCAGGGAUUCUGAAAACACUAAACAUGUUAGCUUCAAACCAACUAAGGAAUUCCAUACAAACGAUUACUCCAACCGUUACAUUCAAACAGGUUCAUUGCCACAGAAGCACGUAACAAAUAUAGAAAACUCAGUGGAAGGAUACCCAAAACUACAAAAAUUAUUUCAAGAAAAGGAAAAGCAAGUGUCACAAUAUGCAUCAACUCCUUUUGGGUGUAAGGUGGAUAUAGAUGAAAUGGUUCCUACCUUAAAUCGCUGGAUACAGAGAGAUAAUUUAUCUUUUGAUGUUGUUAUGGUCGGGUGUUUAACGGAUAAUCAAUUCAUAUAUCCUUUGUUAACACAGUUACCUCUUGAUAAAUUGGUGUCGAAACCUGGUUUCCUAUUUAUAUGGGCUAGUUCGCAGAAGAUUAAUGAAUUGAGUAAGUUAUUGAAUAACGAAAUCUGGGCCAAGAAAUUUAGAAGAAGUGAAGAAUUAGUAUUUGUUCCAAUAGAUAAAGAAUCGCCAUUUUAUCCAGGUUUAGACCAGGAUGAUAGUACUCUUCUGGAAAAAAUGCAAUGGCAUUGUUGGAUGUGUAUUACAGGGACUGUUAGAAGAUCCACAGAUGGACAUUUAAUUCAUUGUAAUGUCGAUACAGAUUUACAGAUUGAAACUCAAAAUACACGUAAUGGAGCAGUACCUUCUCAUCUUUAUAAAGUUGCUGAAAACUUUUCUACUGCCACAAGAAGAUUGCAUAUUAUCCCUGCGAGAACUGGAUGGGAAACACCUGUAAGAUUAAGACCUGGGUGGGUUAUCAUGAGCCCCGAUGUUAUGUUAGACAACUUUUCACCAAAUAGAUAUAAAAACGAAAUUUCCAACAUCGGAACAAACAUUCCAUUAAAGAAUGAAAUAGAAGCCUUGAGACCCAAAAGUCCGAUUCAGAAAGCAGUUUGA